CACUGACCGCGCCGCUGGCGUCCUCAAAUCUGCUUCCAAGAUGUCUACUACGCCUGUAAAAGUUCUAACAGUUGGUGCUGCAGCAGGCUUCAUCCGCGACCUCUUCAGCAAAGUGAAAUCAAUCGACUCGAAACAUGGAAAGUUCGAUUUUGUCCUCUGCAUUGGCGAUUUUUUCGGGCCACCAAAGGAUACUGUUGACGAUGAGGACGAAAUGAUGCAACUACUGGACGGCAAGAUUGAAGUUCCCAUCGAAUGUUACAUUAUGCAAGGAGGCAAUCCUUUACCGGACGCUGUAAUCCAGAAAUACUCCAGGACGGGAGGAGAGCUCUGCAAAAAUGUAUUCAUGUUGACAAAAUCCGGACUCGUCACGACUGCACACGGUCUCAGAAUUGCUUGUCUCGGUGGAAUAUACGAUGCUGAAGUAUAUUCAACAUCAGAGGCUGCUCCUGGUUUCGUGUCGCCUUUCUUUUCCUCUCAAACCACGGAGAGGUUGCUCUCAAACACCCUCGGCUCCUCAAAUCAAAACCAAAAUUACAAGUCCCUAGCUGCUAUCCAAGCAGGCUCGUCUUCGUCGCAGCUUGUCGACAUUUUCAUCAGCAAUGUCUGGCCAGGGUCGAUAGCAGAAAUGUCUGCUGUGCGUUUGCCAUCUCCAGAGCUUGCAUCUAUCGGCGUUCCAGCCUUAGACGACACAGUUCGUCGAUUGAAACCCCGCUACCACUUUGCCGCAAUUGGAGGCCAGCCACCUAUGUUCUGGGAACGGGAACCCUUCGUUUGGAGCGAUGAAGAGGGACGGGUAUCGCGAUUCGUGAGUCUUGGUGCGUUUGGAGGACUUACAGUCCCCGGUAAAAAGCAGAGAUGGUUCUACGCGUUCUCCAUAUCUCCCGAUACACCAGUGAAAGCACCUACGGCUCGUCCCCCAAAUGCAAGCAAAAACCCUUUUACAGAGGCCAGUUACCGUCCAGAAAAACGUCGCAUUGAUGAAUCAGAUGGCCAGAACUUCAUCUUUGGAGAUGUAAAAAAACCGAUGAAACGCAGCCGGGUGGACCAUGGUGAUAAGCCACCGCCAGGAUACAAAUGUCGGCGAUGCGAGGGAACCGACCAUUUCAUCGAUCAAUGUCCAGAACGGACCAAACCCCCUGAAGGUUAUAUUUGCAAGAUCUGUAACACGCCAGGGCACCUUGUACGCGACUGUCCAACCAGGCACGCCGUGGGUGACACCGGUGGCCGAAAACCUCGAGAAGGAUAUGUUUGUCGAGCAUGUGGAAGCGAAAAUCACUACAUCGAGGAUUGUCCCGUUGCCAAUGAGCGCCCGGGUGGCGUCCGGGGAGGAAAGAGGGGACAUCCUCCUAGAGAACUUGCUCCCGACGAGUGUUGGUUUUGUUUGUCUAAUCCCAACUUGGCAAAGCACUUAAUCGUCUCUAUUGGCACCGAAUGCUAUGUGACGCUCCCAAAGGGACAAAUAAUUCCAACCCAAUCGGCAGCGGAUCGUGUCGAUAUACCGGGUGGGGGACAUGUUCUUAUCGUCCCCAUCACGCACUAUCCCACAUUCAACACAAUACCUCAUGAUUUGGCGGUUCCCAUCGUUGAAGAGACUGAAAGGUAUAAAACAGCUAUCCGAGCCAUGUUUGGAAAACACAAAAUGGCAGCUGUAUUUUUCGAAGUAGCGCGAUUGCGUCAAAAGGGCGGGCAUGCGCAUAUACAGGCUAUACCGGUGCCGCUUAAGCUUCAAAGCAAGAUCGAGGACAUGUUUGUGAAUGAAGGACGGUCGUUGGGUAUUGAGUUUGAAGAGAACUCCGAGGAGGCCUUGGCCUCCUGCUCAAAUGGUCGAGGGAGCUAUUUCAGAGUUGACCUACCGGAUGGCCGGAAGAUGGUCCAUGUGAUGAAAGACCAUAUACCCUUCAGCAUACAAUUCGGAAGGCAGGUCCUAGUUAAUCUCCUGAAUACUCCGAGUCGUGCAGACUGGAAAGCUUGCAUGCUUUCAGAAGGCGAGGAUAAGGCGGACGCUCAGGCCUUCAAAGCGGCAUUUGCGCCAUUCGAUCCCAGUACAUGAUCUUUAUCGUAACGUUGUAUGUAACCUAAGAGUGCUAUAUUUUCUUUCUUUCCCCAAGAGUCCAUUCGGCAACUAUAGCUCAGUUUAUUUCCAGGCGUUUGAGUGUCACCGGCGAGCUUCUGUCAUCGAUGCUCUUCUUGUAGCUGCAACGCACUGUAAGCACCGGGUGUGAGACAUACCUGGCUUCAAAAGCUUACCUAUGGCCGAAGGCGUGCAUGCCCUCCUUCUUAGCUUUCUUCAACACACGCGCCAUUGCGUCGAGCC